AUGGCCGACACAUCAGCCCCCACUUCUGGACACACGGAUCAGUCAGCCAAUCGCGGCAGGAACAACCGCCCUAGAGGAGGCAGAGGAGGGAACAGAGCACCGCGCGAAGGCCAGGACUCGGAACAACCCCAGGCCGGCAACAGAAAUGCUGGCAGAAGCAGAGGUCGCGGUGGACGCGCCAGAGGAGGGGCAGCAGGAGGGGACCCCGGCACACACCACGACAACGAUGCCAAACCCCAGCCCACCACGGAACAACAGAUCCAAGCAAAGGGAAAGGCUCUGGCCCUAGUACCGCAAACAGAAGACGGUGACGAUGUCGAGGCCGAGGUCUGCUUCAUCUGCGCCUCACCAGUCGUCCACCAGAGUGUCGCUCCUUGCAACCACCGCACCUGCCACAUCUGCUCCCUGAGACUGCGUGCCCUCUACAAGACAAAGACUUGCGCUCACUGUCGAACAAGUGCCGAAGAAGUCAUCUUCACCGACGAUGCCAACAAGCGUUUCGAAGACUACAAAACCCAAGAGUUCACCCACAACGACGACAACCUGGGCAUCCACUACGAGAGCCAGGACAUCUUCGAAGACACCAUCCUCCUACUACGCUACAACUGUCCCGACCCGUCAUGCGAUGCUGCCUGUCUAGGCUGGCCAGACCUGCACCGUCACGUCAAGAGUGUCCACCACAAGCAGAUGUGCGAUCUCUGCACCCGUAACAAGAAGGUCUUCACCCACGAACACGAUCUAUUCACCGUCCAAGAUCUGCGUAGACACGAGAAGCAUGGAGACGACAUCCCUGGUGCAGAGAAUCAGUCUGGCUUCAAGGGUCACCCCGAAUGUGGUUUCUGUCGUCAACGCUUCUACGGCGACGACGAGUUGUUCUCUCAUUGCCGUGACCGCCACGAACGCUGUCACUUGUGCGACCGUCGUGACGGUGGCAGACACCCUCAGUACUACGUCGAUUACAAUGCCCUCGAGGUCCACUUCCGAAAGGACCAUUUCGUCUGCCCUGAUCAGGAGUGCUUGGACAAGAAGUUUGUCGUCUUUGACUCUGAAAUGGAUCUGAAGGCUCAUCAGCUUGAAGCUCACCCCAACGGCUUGACCAAGGACGCUCGUCGUGAUGCCCGCAGAGUCGACAUCUCCGGCUUCGAUUACCGUGCUCCUCAUCACCAAGACCGUCCCCAGCGCAAUAACAACAGGGAUAACAACAACAGAGAGCGUCGUGGAGGUGGUCGUGGACGCGACCCAAAUGCUGACCCCUUGCCCGUCUCAUCUGCGCAACCCAUGGGUAGAGCAGAGAUGGCCUACCAACGCCAAAUGGCCAUUCAGAGUGCUCAGUCAGUCUCGACUCGCAGCUUCGGCGGUCAGCUCACCCAGCAGACCGAGACGUAUGCUGCCAGAGCUCCUACCAACGCUCCUGAACCCGCCACUGUCACCGCCUCUCGCCCUGUCGAUUCAUUCCCGUCACUUGGUUCUCUGAGCCUUCAACCAUCGUCAGGUACUCCUCGCACAGCUUCUCCCGACCGUUCCAUGACAGGUUUGACCCCACAAGAACAGGCUCGCCGCCUUCGUCACAACGCGGUCAACGAGCGUGCUGCCAACCUCUUGCGCAACGAUCAGACAAAGCUGGCCGAGUUCCGCAACAAGGUCUCCAUCUACCGUCAAGGAGCAUUGACUGCUGAUCGUCUCAUCGAUGCCUUCUUUGCGCUCUUCGACACGUCUUCGGCCGAGUUGGGCAAGCUGAUCAAGGAACUUGCCGACAUCUUCGAGAUUGCCACAAAGAGAGAUCAAUUACUGAAAGCCUGGAAUAAUUGGCGAUCCAUCAACGAGGACUAUCCCUCACUUCCUCAUGCUGCUGGCGGUCAGUCUGGACCAAGCACCAGCGCAGCAUCUGUUCUUGGCAAUGGCGUUGGCUCCAAGCGUAUUCUGAACCUCAAGUCGAGCACGGCACAAAGUUCGCGUUCUAACAACACUCGUUCUUAUGGUUCUGCUGUUGCUCCACACUCGGGUGGAAAUCCUUCAAGUGCCGGAGGUCUCUCUUUUCCUCCUCUAUCGGCUUCCUCGAGAUCAUCAACUCCUGCCGCCCCACCUGUUCGCGUAAAUCCCACGCAAGCAUCAUGGCUCAACUCGGCACCUGCAUCUGCACGCCCAACGCCUCAGCCAUCACGCUCCGCCACUCCCAGUAACAGCAAGCCGCCAGGCCGUGGAGGUGAUGCCUUCCCAUCUUUACCAAAGGCACAGAAGCCCACUAGCACAGUCUUCAGUCCUGGUUAUACUGGAGCGGGUGUACGACGAGUCAAUGCUGCUGGUCCCUCAACUGUGGCAUGGGCUUCGGGAUCAGGUGGUAUGCAUAGUCCUCCUGCUGUGGAAGAGUCACCGGAGCAGAGAACCAUCAGAAAAGGAAAACAAGGAAAGAAGCAGGUUCUCUUCAAUUGGGGUUGA